GAACUGGGAGUUCUCGCGGGAACUGUAUUCAAACGGCCCUGGCGCUCACCCGAGGGCUUGCUGAGUGAAAGGGCCGCGUCUCUGUGGGAAGGUAGAGUUAGAGUCACGAAGCUGGGCGCCCCGAGUUGUCAUCAUCCGCCUCCCGCUGCAGCAGCAGGGGUAAGGGGUGAGGAGAGAGACAGAGGACUUGCAGAUUUAAUCUCAAGAAUCCUGUUAGGUGGACGUUAUUGUCUUACUUUUCUAAAUAAUGAAACAAGACUUUUAAUAACUUGUGCAAAUUCACGCAUAGUGGAGGUGAGAUAAAAACAGGCGGCUUGAUUUCCCAGAAUUUCUGUCUCUGGAUGCCCUGUGUAUGUUGUAGUUCUGAAGGAAAGGACAACAAAGUGGUCACUAAGCCACUUACUAGCUGAUAACCCUAGAGGGUUAAAAGCAGGAAAAGAAGAUGGAGGCAGAUAUAAUCACAGAUCUUCGAUGCAAGCUCAAAGAAGUUGAAGAAGAACGACUAAAAGCUGCACAGUAUGGUUUACAGUUAGUGGAGAGCCAAAGCGAACUGCAGGAUCAAUUGGAUAAAUGUCGUAAUGAAAUGAUGACUAUGACUGAGAAUUAUGAACAAGAAAAAUACACGCUUCAGAGAGAAGUUGAGCUCAAGACUCGAAUGUUGGAAAGUUUGAGCAGUGAAUGUGAAGCUAUUAAGCAACAACAAAAAAUACACUUGGAGAAAUUAGAAGAACAACUAAGCAGAAAACAUGGACAGGAAGUGAACGAACUAAAAAAUAAGUUAGAAAAAUUGAAAGCAGAGUUAGAUGAAGCUAGACUUAGCGAAAAGCAGCUGAAGCACAAAGUAGAUCAUCAGAAGGAACUCCUGUCUUGCAAGUCAGAGGAAAUGCGGAUGAUGUCAGAACGUGUACAUGAAAGCAUGUCUUCAGAGAUGCUGGCUCUUCAGAUUGAGCUCACUGAAACAGAAAGUAUGAAGAACGCCUUUCAGGAAGAAAUUAAUGAACUACACUACAGACAAGAACAGUUAGAACUUCUUAAUACUAACUUAAUGCGUCAGAUAGACCGGCUUAAAGGAGAAAAAGAAGAGCGAGAGAAAGAAGCAGUUUCUUACCAUAAUGCUCUAGAGAAAGCUCGUGAAACAAAUCAAGAUCUUCAGGUGCAGUUGGACCAGGCAGUCCAGCAAGUCUUGGAUCCUAAUAGUAAAGGCAACUCUUUGUUUGCAGAGGUGGAAGAUCGAAGGGCAGCAAUGGAACGUCAGCUUAUCAGUAUGAAAGUCAAAUAUCAGUCACUGAAGAAGCAAAACGCAUUUAAUAGAGAACAGAUGCAAAGAAUGAAGUUACAAAUCGCCACUUUGCUACAGAUGAAAGGGUCUCAAACUGAAUUUGAGCAGCAGGAGCGAUUGCUUGCGAUGUUGGAACAAAAGAAUGGAGAAAUAAAACAUCUUUUAGGUGAAAUUAGAAAUCUGGAGAAAUUUAAGAAUUUAUAUGAAAGUAUGGAAUCUAAGCCCUCAACCAGCUCUGAUGUUCUUGAAGAUAAUAGUUAUUAUACAGAUUUACUUCAGAUAAAACUUGACAACUUAAAUAAAGAAAAUGAAAGCACCAAAGGUGAAUUGUCUAUCCAGAGAAUGAAAGCAUUAUUUGAGAGCCAGCGAGCUCUGGAUAUUGAACGAAAACUCUUUGCAAAUGAAAGAUGUCUCCAGGUUUCACAAAGUGAAAAUAUGAAACUCAGAGCUAAACUAGAUGAGUUAAAACUAAAGUAUGAACCUGAAGAAAAAAUCGAAGUGCCUGUACUCAAAAAGAGGCGUGAGGUGCUGCCCGUGGAUAUAACUACCCCUAAAGGUGUAUGUGCCGACAGUGCUAUCAGGGAAGAAGUUCCUAGAUUACCCCUUCCGAAAGAGGAGACACCAUCCCAGUCUAAUGUAGAAGAAAACAAGUUGCAAUUAGAAGAAGCAGGUUCAAUAAACACACCAGUACUUGGUCUCUUUCCUCACCAAAAUUUGUCCAUGGAUAUGCAGCCAAAGAAGGAAAAGAAAUGUGUGAAGCUGGUGGGCGUUCCAGAUGAUGCUGAAGUCUUGGGUGGAAGAAGUGGAAACACUCCAGACGCUCCCAGGUUAGCUGCUGAAUCAAGGCUUCAAACAGAAGUUAAAGAAGGAAGAGAAACUACAAGCAAAUUGGAAAAGGAAACUUGUAAGAAAUCACACUCAAUUCUCUACGUCUCCUCCAAAUCAACUCCAGAGACUCAGUGCCCUCAGCAGUAAAGACUUCUUUAAUAAGAGGAAGGUACCACUUGAAGCUAAGAUUGUCUAUCUGAAGUAUACUACCUUAUGGAUUAUUUAUUACUACUCAUUGUUCUAGGACCUGGCAUUUUCAUGCUUCUUUGGCCAAGUACCCAAAAUUUAGCUUGAUUCUAACCUGGAGAGUUCCUUAAGUGCUGACCCUUCAUGGAGCGUCUUAAGAAUCACAGUGAAUAAACUAUUAACUGAAGGAAAAUGUUAUAAAUCUAUUUGCUGUGUUGUAUAUGGAUAUUUUAAGUGAUGUGGACACUUAAGUAUCCUAUCUUCAGAGCCAUAUAAUUGAAAAGAGAACAUGAAAAUCAUUAAUAAUUAUCUUUUCUAUGUACUUUUAAUGAACUUAGUUUUCCACUAAUUGUAGAAAUAAGAAACUUUGUUUAAAAAUAUAUAUAUGUUAUAUUGUUCCAGGGCUUUGUUAGUAUUUAGAGCAUCUAAGUUCAUCUUUGUAUUCAUAUGCAUGAUUUUGAUUUUAUGUCUCAAGCAUUUAAAAUAAAACUGCAAUAAUUUCUUCUCUUUCUGUUUUCUUAACUCCUAUAGAUAACAUGCUAUUAUCCAAAGGGAAUAAAAGUGGGAAAUAAAUUUUAGGGAUCCUUA